AUGGCCAUACACGACUUGGAGGCAUUGCAGCAGCAUGUCACUGCGGCACCAGUCCUGAGACGAGAUGCAAAGCCGUCUGAGGCACAGAUUUGCGGCUACUUCAACCAAAACGAGAGGACAUCUACCUGCAGCACUCCUUUAGGGGGAAAAUCUUGGGGCUGCUGUGAUACGGCCGUUUGUUAUGUUCCUGCGACAUGCGAGGAUGGAGGGGCGGCAUACUGUGAGGGGACUCCAAGCUCCAGCACCUACGGAGCGUCUUCACGCUGUGUCGCAUUUGUCCGUCAGACAGCAAGUGAUGACCCGUCCAAGUUAACGUCCUGGGGCUGUCAACCGACAACCACAACAUACAUCAUCGACCCACCGGUGGCUGCUAGAACCAAUGCUGCCGUCUCUGGAACAACCGCUGCAACGGUUGCUUCGACCACAUCUUCGGCUACCAUUUCUAAUGGUUCUGGUGGUGGAGGCAAAUCGGCCUCAUCAGGACUUUCAACGGACGGUAAAAUCAUCCUUGGAGUUCUUCUCCCCGUACUAGGAAUUGCUGCCUUGGUAGGAUUGUUUUUCUAUCUCCGUCGAAGGAAUCGAGCAAAGCCAGACGGUGAAGCGCGCUGGCAGCAGCCUCGGGAUAGAGGGGAUACCAGUGUGAUAGCUGAGCCAAAACCUCCUGCCUCGACAACAGGAGAAGUGCACGAGGUGGAAAAUGGUGAGCGUCCUGCUGAACUGCAUGGAAAUGAGACUGCGGUUAAUGCCAACCCUCUUAACGAAACACCACGGGUCGAUCCAAAAAGAACGGUGUAUGAGAUGGGAGUUAAUGAGCGCUAGUUUUUGCUGAUAAUCUACAGAAGAUCUAAU